AUGACUCAAUUCAGAAUUCCACUCUCACGAUCGUGGAAACUUUACUCGGAAAUCGAAAAAAUCCUAACGGGAACAUACUACGUCAGUACACAAUACACCGAUUACGAGUUGGUCACGCGAUGGUAUUCUUCCGGGCAUGAAGUGGCCGAUCACACGAUGACCCAUGUUCCGGAACCACCAGAGAAUGAAAUCGUAGGCAACAAGUUGGCCCUCAACGCCUAUGCCGGCAUUCCAUUCGGAAAAAUGCAAGGCUUCUUGUAUGAUUCGUCAGUUACCGCGGUGGGUACUGAUGACUCCUGGCCUUAUACCCUGGAUAACGGACUGUUUCAUGAUUGUGAUAAAGGAUUCUGUAACACAACGAUACAUCCCGGAUUUUUCGAACUUCCCAUGUCGGCUAUCAUGGACCCGAACGGUUUACCCCAUUUAAUGGAUCCAUAUCUCGAUGACACACCAGAAGUGGUUGAAAAGUGGCUAAAAGAUAAUUUUAAUCGUCAUGUUACCGAAGGAAAAGUUCCUUUCGGUCUCUACAUCCAUCCGGUCCAACUUACCGCUAUCGCCGGACGCCCUGAUCCCGCUCCGAGAAUUAAAAUGCUUCAGGAUUUUAUGGAUUGGGCACUUUCUCAACCCAACGUGUGGUUCGUCACUUCACAACAACUCAUCGAUUGGAUGAAAAACCCCGUUCCUGUCAGCCAAUUGAACACGUACGAGCCUUUUCAAUGUAAAAUUCCAAAGAUUGGUCACGAGAUUUGCAAUGGCCUUGAUGACACUGGUAAUGGACAAAUUGAUGCUGGUCUAACCGAGUAUUGCAACUUCAAUACUGAGGUAUGGAACACAUGCUACGGAUGUCCCAGUGCCAACCCCACUCCACAAAAUCCUGUACCUUCUGGUGGGGACCGAUUUCGUGUUCCUACCACAUGUGACACCGCUUGGUGGGAUCCAAUAAAAGGUGAAUGUUUGUGUAAUAGCACGACAUGUUCCUAUACAGAUUUAAGCAAGAUUCCGUCGACUAGCACCGGAAAUGCAACCUCGACCUCCGGUACUGGUAGUACAACUGGUGCGACAGGAAGUUCGGCAAGUUCGGGUUCUAAAAAAAUGUGGGGACAAGGAUUAAGUGUUUUGUUGACGUUGAAUGUUUUGUGGAUACUACAAUUUUUGAUGUAG